CCAAUGUUAAAAUCUCACACGUCACUCGUUCUUUCUAAACCACCACAGACCGUCCAAAAUAUUUUAGCCGAUAAAAAAAAGGCAAACGCAAAAUAAAAAGUCAUCGGUCGUAAUACCAUUUGAUGCAUUUUUCACAGGAUACAAGUACGAUAACUGCAUCUGUUUUAUAAUAUAAGGGACACUCGGUCUCAUGCUAUCGCAGCUCGGUUGCAGUGGAAACAAAGAGUCUGCUAACUAGCUGUAGCUAGAAGGCUAACCACUGGAAAACAGCGCAGGGCUGCUGGGGAACAUGCACAAGGGGGGCAGGGUGGGAGACAGUAUAGCAGGCCCUGUUCAUCUUGACCAGGCUAAAAGAUGGAUGCGUAGUAAGAAGAGGAGUGGCAUAAAGAACAUUUUCACUGCCCCCAAGAAUGGUAGUUGAGGAUUUUGCUUCCAGCUAUAGAAAAAAAGAAAUAUAUAUUAAUUGAAACUUGGAAACGGAGAUGUAAGCCACUUUAGCUAGAGUGGAUUAAGAAUGAAUAGAUAAUGGAUGUAAUGAAACCAGCCUACCAGUCCUACUGAACUAAAAAUUGUAACCAAGCAAGUGGAAAGUUUUCAAUGAACUCUGACAACAUUUAGCACUUUUAGUGCAUUUCCCAAAAUGUGAAAACAUUAUUGCAUCUGAUGCAGUUGUGGGAUUUUUUUUUUCUAUCAGUCCAUAUGUCUUUUCACACUUAUGGAACAUUCAGACUGAAAUAUUGAUAUCAAACUUCAACUAAGAUAACUAUGAUUAUGUGGAAUCUGAUGUGAACCCAAAAGGGGAGUCGACUUUGGUCAUCUCGUAAGUGACAAAUCCCAUUGAAAAACAGCCUCUUGCAGGAAUUACAAAUUCAUGUAACAAACAAUACAAAAUGUCCACAUUGAUUACUUCCCCGAAGAGUGAGAAUGUGGAUGGCCACUUUAAAUGAAAUGUGAGGUAGCACUAUUUUUGAAAAUGCUUCUGCUGCUUCUGGCCACAACUCCGUAAAAAAGCAUCAUAGAAACAUUUUUGCUGCUCAGAGAGCAGAAGGUGUUGCCAUUGCGCACCCAUGUUUCAGUAACUGGGAGAUGUUCCAGUUUGGAAAAUACAAUGUGGACAUCAUAGAGAUGCUGAGUGGACACCAAUCCCAUCAGUUCAAAAGUCUUGGAUUAGAGCGACAACUUCAACACCAACAGCAAGUGCAACUUCACCAACACCAGUUACAGCAGCAAGGUGAGACAUCUGGGUCAAUUUUGUCUGGACUUGGCUUAGGCUCACUACAAGCAUCUAGAGGCAGUGCCUUUACAGAUUCUGCAUCAAUUUUUGCAAAAAUGAGUGCACCUCCUCCAUCUCUGCCCCAGCAAUCCCUCUCUUCAUCCUCUCAAGGUUUGAGGAAAUCCAGCAAAAUGUCUGGAAACAGCAGUAGUAGUGGUGGAGGUCAUGUGAGUGGAUACCCCCAGUUUUUGCGCUCAUUUCACCCUUCUGAGGCAACCCUUGCACAAGAGCAGUUACAUUCAGGAGUAGGGCGAUUUGAUCAUUUUGCCAGCAAUAGUGGAAGUGGAGGUACUGGAGGGGCAAUUGGAGGACUGGUUUCAUCUGUUCCACCACCACCACCCCCAUUGCAUCCUGGCCUGUCAGUACCUCAGGCCUCCCCUGGUCCACCGUCUUCCUCCCCAUCUCCUUCAAGUUCUGUUUCAACUUCCAAUAACCCUCCCAGCAGUAGUGCAGUAACUACCUUUAGUCAUCAGUUAGCAGGAUCUCAGUCUGACGCCCGAAGCCUACAUCAACAGUUUAGCUGUAUGUUAGCCGCAAAUCAGUAUUUUCUUUCCGGAGUACCAGCCAAUUCCAGUCUAGAACAAUUUUUAGUUCAGCAAGGCAGUCAUAACCAUCUUGGUCUUGGUCUGGGCCAAGCUGCAGGAGAAACAAGUUCAGCCCUUGCGCCACCCCCCGCUCUUCAUUCUUCACACACUCAUGGUCACUCAACUACUCUAUCACAGCCUCAACAGCCACCAUCACAACAGCAGCAACUGCCACCUCACACUUUGUCUCACCCUCACCCAUAUCCACACCAUACGCUGCACUCCUCAUCGCAACCUUCUUCGCUCGGAGGUUUUGACUUUCAAGGAAUUCCAGUACUCUCUUCAAACCAGCUAGCAUCUCUAAUGCAGCAGGAAGCUGGUUUGCCACUUCCACUUCCUCUACACCUGUCUUUAUCAAAAGAGGAGGGUAAAGGUGAUAGUGCUGGUGGGAGGAGAAAGAAAGUCAUGGCUGGCUACCUGCCACAGAGAAAGCCUGAAAACAGCAACAACAACAGCAGCAGCCCUACAAACCCCAACAGUAAUACUUCAGAGGGACUCAACCAAGAGAAUUCACCAGGCUUGGAUGGAGGUGGGGGUGUUAGUUUGUCAGGUAUUGGCAGAGACCCUUCUUCUCACCUAACCUCAUCGUCCUCUACUUCUGUUGUCUUAUCAUCUUCUGCAUCCUCUUCUACAUCAGCAUCCAUCUUGGUGACAAAUGGCUCCAAAACAGGCAGCCAUGGUACCAUGCCACCUCAUUCUCAGCCUGAACAAGAACCCCUUUAUCAUUGUGGUGAGUGUGGCAAAACUUUCACACAUCUCUCUAGUCUGCGAAGGCACCUACGUAGUCAUGAGCUAACCACAGCUGGCACAAGUGGCACGAGAAGUAACAUUUUAAACCCAGUUCUGCAUCCCUCCGAUCCAAGUAUUCCCCACUCUACUCAAGAGGGCACAGCCUCAUCUUCAUGUGGUAGUCUUGACAAGACUUUUCAUUGUUCUGAGUGUGGAAAAGGUUUUAAGAAAAAGGGGCACUUACUGCAACAUGGUGUCAUCCACUCUGGCGCACGGCCCUAUGCCUGCACUACUUGUAGUCGUGCUUUCAAUCGUCGGGAGUCACUCACCCGCCAUGAAAAAAUACAUGAAGAGAAACCAUUCCGCUGUCCAGCUUGUGGUCGCUGUUUUCGGGAAAGUACAUCCCUUUUGAACCAUGCAGCCUCGGGCACCUGUGGCAAGACAGGCCGUGCACCAAGACCUAAGCAUGAAAGUAAUAUAGAAAACAGGAGCAAUAAAGCUGGGGGCUCCCAAGAUGGAAUAGCAACUAAUGCAGUGGUCUGUUAUGCAGGUUCUUACCGGAGUGAUGAUUUCAGAGAUGACUACAAGGACCAGCGCUCUCAAAGUAACUUGUACUCUGGAACAACCCCAUGUGGUGGUGGCAGAAUGACAGGGCCCCCACUUAGGAAGACACCAUUAGCUCCUACUCUUCAUCCACACCCACAAAACCAAAGUCAGCAUCAUCAUCAAGAGCCACAUCUCCCGCUUUCUUCCCUGUUAGAGGACUCUGAAGAUGAUGUAACUAGCUCUGUCAACAGUGCCAUUUCUGCUAUUAAUGCUGCAGCUGCAAAUUCUAUGAGUGGUGAUCUUGCCCAUAGUGGAGGUAGAGGAGAUGAUCGAAGAGAUAUCAUUGGUGGAUUGCUUGGAGGUCUGGGUCUAGGGCCUCUUGCCUCACCUAGUGGUCCGUUAUUAACAUCUGUCCUGGAAAAGUCCUAUAGAGGAAGUACUGACUCAAAUGCAGUGACCCUCAACCAGCAAACAAAUCCGCAUGCACCUGGUGGAAAGCCCAAGCGCCCUCGUAAGCCUCGCAAGAAGAAUGAACCUGGGGUGGUUGGUGCUGAGCCUCCUAAAAGGAGGCAGCCCUCUCACAGACCAAGAGUUUCUGUUGGUGAUGUUAGACCGUAUUUGUGUAGCCUCUGUGGUCGAGGAUUUGCAAGAAGAGAGACCUUGCGGAGGCAUGACAGAGUACACACAGGAGAAAAGUCUCACCAUUGUACUGUGUGUGGCAAGUACUUCAGAGAGGCAUUUCAUCUUAGCAAGCACCACACAGUUCAUUCUGGAGAGAAGAACUACAGGUGUAUUCUAUGUGGGAAGGACUUUGGAUAUGCUCAGAGCCUUAAAAGACAUGGCAAGCUACACCAGAAAGGAGAAAUUGAAGAAGUGCCAACAACGCCAGGUGGGGAAAACCUUAACAGCUAUCCAUCCUCUGGUGGCAGCUUGAUUCAAGGGGGUCAAAGCAGCUCUUCUUCAUUUUAUUCAUACACUCAAGAUGUCAAACAACAGACAACAACCACUCAGCCACCUCCUAGACUGUACACAUGUGCUAUAUGCUGGAAAUCGUUCCGCCAUCACUUUCACUUGACGGCACAUCACCAAACUGUUCAUGAGGGUGGUGGAGAAAAGCUGUUUUCUUGUGAGGUUUGUGGUAAGGCUUUUGCGUACUCUAACAGCCUUACACGACACAGGCUUUCACAGCAUGGCUUAACACGGACUGGCCAGCCAGUCCCUCAGAGGAGUACAGGGGAAGACAACAGUGUUGGUGGUUCAAUAUCUGAAAGUGAAGCUGCUACAAAUGCUUUGCUUCAUAUUGCGCCACCUUGUGGCACACAUGCUGAACAACAUGGAGUUCUUCAUAGCCAGCAGGCUCCUCCCCAAACACAAGCUGGCUACUCCCCUCUGUUCUAUAUACCCAAUACCAAUGUUUCACACACUUCUUCAUCUAAUGCCUCCUCUUAUUCUCAUUCUCUGCCGUCAACUUCCUCAGGGCCUCUUCUUUGUAACCAUCAGCAACAACACACUGGGAUAAAGGGUGAACCCAUUUAUCACACUGGUCAUGGGCAUACUCUUACUCCAGACAUACCUGUGCGUUCUCUUAUGUUGCCUCCAUCAGAUCCACAUCAGCAACACCACAACCCCCAGCAGCAUUCAGAUGAGAUUCAAUCUACACAACACCACACUUUUCAAAGCCAAGAGGAGUCGAGGAGACGAAAAAAAAAAAAAAAAAGACUGCAAGAGAGAGAGGAGAUAGGCUACAAAUGGACCCCGGCGCAAAAAGUAGAGAGAGACCAGGUGGAGAUCUCCCUUGGGGAAAGGCAGAGAAAUAAGAGAAGAAAACUUAAGAGAAAAAGGAGAACCGUUCACAGGACACAACAUAAAAUUAAGAAUCGCAUGGCUGUGCUCGUGAGAAUCAGACAUGGAAGUGGAGGAAGUGCAGUGUAUGAACUGGGCCUUCCAGGUGGACUGAAGGUUAACAGGCUUCGGUCCCUCAAAGUUCCUCAGAAACGAAAGCCCUGUCCCCUUUGCCUUGGUGUUACCUUUUCUCAACAGGUAGCCCUUAAAGUUCAUAUAGCAGCUAGACAUUGUCCUAAAGUGAGAGGCCUUCAGCAUCGUUUGAAAUGUCCAGUUUGUGGAAAACAGUCUCGCAAGUUCCUUUCAGCUCUCAUUCACAGAAGCUCUCAUUUAGCCAACAGAGCUUUUUCUUGUAAACAUUGUCCGUGUCGUUUCUGGAAUGCAAUGCUCCUCACACGGCACAAGAAGGUGUGUCGAGGGACGUUGGCAAAGUUUCAACGAAAUAGGGCUCUUUGUGUUAAAUUAGUCAUGGGAUCAGCAUACAGAAGGUUUGAGUGUAAACGGAACUCUUCUUCCUUGCAUAUGGAAUAUAGUCACUAAGUUUUGCCGUUAAACUCAUUUCCAUAUGCACUUUGAGAACAGAAGUGUUGCGAUUUUCACGAGAAGAACUGAAAAUGUUUACUGAAUACAUCUUAGGCUCAUGUAGGCAUUGACUUUGGUUUUAUGAGAGCAUUUUUAUUUCUCUCUCAUUCAUAUUAUAUUUCCUCUUGUAACUUUGACCCCUGAAAAUGAACACCUUCAACAAACUCACAGAUGUAUCAAAGACAUUUGUUUUAAUGAAAUGCUUAGCCUACCCAUCUAUCCAAUACCCCACUGGUCUUCUAAGAGGAAACUCUUGUUCAUAUUGAAAUGAUCCUUGGCUGGCAGUAGAUUCAGUUUCUGUGAUUUGGCGAAUAUUGUACUGUGCCCUUAAAGUAGGCUAUUGCUCACCUCAAUAGAUGCUCUGUAGAAUUAUUCUGUCUAUGGUAUAUAUUGUGUUGUUGGUCUUCACUUAGAGCAAGUGUGGAGAUGUGAUUUUGUUAAUGUAAAAAGUGCAUUCAGUAUCAGAAGGGGAAAAAGGGUCCUGCUAGGAGUAUGUGUAUUUUAUUUUAAGGAGUAUUUAAAUUACUGCAUGUUGGACAUUAAUGUCUAUGCGUUGACCAGUCAACAUGUGUGAUGAGUCUGUGGACUCUGAUAGGAACAUGACAAAUCCAAUUGAAGAUUUAUCUUAACUCUUAAUAGAGGAAACAUAAUAAAUGAAUGCAUAAUAAUGAUACAUGCUCAGGGCUCCAGACUAUUUGAGAGUAAAGCACUGAGCUCGAGUUGGCAAGCACACAACAUUUACUUUUAUUAACAACAGUUAUGUGCAAAAUUAAAUAUUUUAUGGAAAAUGUAUAUAUUCUACUCUUAUUAUGGUUAUCAAAGGAGAGCUUUUUACUUGCUUUGUGUGAUUCAGUAGCAAAUUUAAGAAAAGUUUGUUUUUCACAUACAAAAGAAAAUGCAAAAGAGUGGAAAUCAAUAACUAAUAAGCAAAAAAGUGAUGAUCUUCUGCCAUCUACUGGUUACAAUGGUAAUUUGAUUUUUAUUUUUAUUUUAAUAAGAGUUUGUUUAUCACAAAGUAAAUUUUGGACAUCCCAUUAAAAUAAAAUUUAAAUUGGAUCAUUUUAAGAGCUUUAAAGUGCUGUAAAUGGUUGUGUUAAAUACUUGAAAGUCAUUGAAAAGUGCUUGAACUCUCUCUCAAAAGGUUGUACAAACCUUACAAUUGAUAAUAAAAAUAACAUUUGACUGCCUGCCACAACACCAUGGUUAUAGUUAGAGUUACUUCUUCUGAUUUUCAAUGUCAGCGCUGUUUGAUCACUUUAGAACAAACGCUUCUCAUUGGAUCUCGCAGUGCUGUGCAGAUCAAUUCUGGUUCCCGAGUAAACCUCUGAGCUUCUGAGUUUCUGCAGCGCUCAGUUUUUGGUCCGAGCUGAUAAACGUUUUGUUACACAUUUGCUGUUUGAUGUUUCUCAUAUGCAACAGAAAUGGCAGUUGAGCAACGCUGUGGUCGCACCAGUGGUCAAAAAUGGUCGCAGUCUGGAGCCCUGAUGCUGGUGAACAAUUCUUAAUAUCAAAUGUGAGCCCUGUUUUGAUUUAUUUACUGUUCUUAAAGAAAACCAUCAUAAAGAAGGUAACGCCAGAAUUUAACAAAAACAAUUUUUCCCUAAAUAGCCAGUCAAAGAACAAAAAAAUGUAAUACUGUCAGAUUAUUUAAUUAUCUCAGAUUGUUACAGUUAAAACACAUUUAUGAGUAAUAAAAUGUAGCUUAAGGGUGGAAUGUAAAGAAAUAUGUGUAUUGUAAUGUAAAUUGUGUCAAUAUUUUAUUCUGUUUUUUCAAGCAAAAAGUCAAUUAUCUUUUUAUCAUAGCUACACUUCAGGUAGUUGGAAGAGUGAUUGUAAGAGUUAACACUUUAGAUCAGGUUUUGAUUAAGUGUAUAAAUGUGUGACAGUCUGUUCACUUGCCAACUAUAUAUCCCAUGUACUUUUCUCACCUUUUACGUAGAGAUGCCAAUCUACUUAUAGCCUCUCGUUUUCUUUAAAAGAAGAAAAGUAAUUCUUAUUGUUUUUAUCACUUUAUUAACACAUUAUAAGCUGGUUGCUGAAGAUACCUUAAACAUUUAAUAAAAUGUAAAAAUGUUAUAUCCUCA